AUGGAUAUCACUGACACUCCGAAGACAUUUAUCACUGAUUGUCAAGUAAUAGCCAUUAAUUCAAACAAGUUGAUAAUCCCCAAUGAGGGUAGCCAGAUGAAGACCCUCAAUGAUGACCAGAGCCCCUAUGGAGGUCAGAUGACCUUCAGUGGGGUCCAAACAACCUAUCUGGGUCAGAUAAAGACACUCAAUGAUGAAGACACUCUCUAUGGAGUCUAUAUGAUGCCAUCUUUGCUAUAUCCUAGAAUUCUGUAUGUUUCCAGCCCUCAUUUGAUCCAAAGACAAUGCUUAGAAAUGCAGAAGUGGAAUCCCAAGACUCAGAAGUGUCCAUUGUAG